AUGAAUUCAUCACCUACCAGGUAAGCGUUUAUUGCUUCCCACCUUAGACUUGGUAGUCUGGGCACCUAUAGCAAAAUACUUUUUUAGAUUUUAUUUUGAAGGGGUCAUUAGUAUACAAUUUUUUAUUUUUUUUACUUGGAGAGGGGUUUAGAUUAGUGUGGGGGAAAAAAUGUAAUUCUUUGUUUUGAUAUUUCAACUUCUCUCAUGCUGACCAGUGAGAGAGAGAUUUUUUUUUUAAUUGUACUAUAUGUAUCCAUAAUUAUCAAUAACUCCUAAUUAAAGUUAACUUGUUUUACCUUUGUUUUGUGUUACACUUUUUUUAAAUUAACAUGGAUAGAUCCUGCUGUUCCUAGCUAUCUUUGACACAUGCUAGAUGUUUGUGAUCUAAAUUUCCCAUGGAUAAUGGAUUGUUAAUUCCUAACUGCUGGUGAGCAUUACUGGAAAUGCUGUUUAGAGUCCUCUAAGGUGCCAAAUUUAGCCCUCACCGCACAAACCUGUAGAGCCGGUUAUUCAGGUCACACAAAUCCUAACAUUGAUUGGAUGGUAACAUUUAUUGGGAAAAAUAGAUGGAAACCAUUGAAGUUUCAGUCCAUCCCAACUCAAAAACUAGGUCAAAGGGGAAAUAUGGCUCAGAGUUAUUGGGGAAAUAAUAGAGGCUUAUUCAAUAAAACACACAUAUCAUGUGUUACAGAGAAAUAUGAAUUGAAAGGGACUUGCACAAGUUAGGGGAAAUUGCCAUUAAAAAAAUUUUCAAAAAAAAAAAAUCAUUACAUUUGCUCUGUAAGACUACCCUUUCUCCCCAACCCGCAGUUUCCCUUUUUGCUGAACUUAACUGCAACUCCCAGAAAUCCUGCCUGUGCCCAUGAACCAUUGCUUAUGGGAUUAACUCAGCAAUGAUAUAAAGGGUUCAGCAUUUUGUCAUUAUGCAAUGUGUGAGCUGUAGUGGUUAUACUGUUUCUUUAAAAUUGAAAAUCGUUUUUGCAAUUUGAAGUCAGUCAUUUGCAGUCAGGAAGGACUUGCACCUGGGGGAAAAGGUGAGUAAAGUGUAUUUUUAGGUUUGGGCAGGGUCUACUGGCAUUGUCGAGUUAAAGAAACACUUCAAACUUUAGAAAUCAAUAUCUGUUUUAACAUUGGAGUCUUCCUUCAGGGGCUCAUUGUUUCAGCCCCUUUACCUUCAGGUCAUAUGAAAAGUCUGGUAAUAGAACUCAAACAUUGACUGGAUGGUGUUGCACCUCUGGCAAGAGACUAGAGCCCAGUCGGAGAAUCUUAAUCAACUAUGGCCUAUGUAAUCUCAUUUGGAUUUUUAUUCAUUACAAUUUCUGUGUAUUUUAUGUAUAUAUGCUUGUAUGUUAAUGCAUGUACAUUAUAUGAAUAUCUGUGUAUAUAAUUAUGAAGAUAAGAUUAAUUUUAUAUAUAAAUUAAAAUACAACAUAUCAAUAUACACGAUAAAGCGUAAUAUCCAGAAAUCCUAUAAAUUAAGUAAAUAUUUUAAAAGGGAUUCUAUAGUGUUAGGAAUACAAAUCUGUAUUCCUUAAACUAUAGCUCCAUCUGACCACCCCACCCUUGCGCCCCCCACCCCACCCCGGCACUGUAAGGGUUAAAAACCCUUGUAACACUUACCUGAUUCCAGUGCCACUUUCCUUCGGCGCUAGGCUGGCGCUCCACCACCUAUGACAUCAUGCGACAGUGGAGGGGGGGAGAGUAAAUACACACUUACACAUAUAUCUAUAUAUAUAUAUAUAUAUAUAUAUAUAUAUAUAUACACAAUGCACUCUGACACACACAUUUACUAACACAUACAAACUCCCUGAUCCAUACACAAGCACCGUAAAAUAUCUGACACACAUUUACCUAUAAACACACACCAGCUACACAUUCUUCAGGCACAGAGUGUCGGCCGCUGGAGUAAAAUAUCAUGCUGUAUCUAAGGGCCCUUCUGAGACUAGUUGCUGUUGCUUCUCUUACCUCCUUAUUAAAUUUAUUUAAAAAUAAAUACAUACAUUUUUAACCACUGCAGCGACCAACAGCUACAGUUGGCCAUAGCCACAAGGCCUCACCGGAUUUUCAUAAACACCCAUUUGAAUAUUAUAACUAUACCAUCAGUUAAAUAUGUACAUAACUUCCAAAAAACAAACAAAACAGCAGUGGUAAAAUUUAAUACCAUAUAUGAAGACGUACAAUUCAUUACAUAUGUAGCAGGUUACAUAUACCACCAAUGUGGAUCUAUUAGAAAAGAGGAGUAUUAGGAUAGAAAGGAGAGACAAAGUGAACUGUUCUACUCAUAUACACACACCAAAAUUAAGAGCUUCCAGAAAAAAAAUAAGGAAAAAAAAAAGAUGGAUUACGGCUCAAAAUUUGGACAUUUUAAUUGGUAUACCUUGAAUAAGGAUUCACACAUGGACUUAGUUUAUUAGUGAACACUGGCAGAUUUAAAGAGACACUGCGUAAAUACUAAAUAAUUACUGUUUCAUUUAUAUACCCCUAAUGAAAACAUUCAUGCAUUUAAUGUUUUUCAUUGGGAGUAUGUAUAAAACAGUUGUUAAAGCUGCAGAUCUCUUGUCUGCAGCCUGUGCAAGCCCUACCCAUUCUUCCCAAGCCUAGACUUUCUGUGGCUGUCCAAUCACAGGCUUCCUAAUGAAGCUCAGUGAAAAGUCUUUGCAAGGCAGGUGUCCUGAGCAAUUGCUGCCUCUUGAGCUUAGCACCACUGCGCUAAACUACCAGGAAGUUACAAGACCAGUUGUCUGAUUGGUAGCUUUUAAUUUAUAAAAGUGCUAUUUCGAUUAAACUCUGCGCUUUAUGUAAAAGAAAAGAAAAAAAAGAUGACGCACUCUUCACAAGUGUGUGGAGUAUUCCUUUAAUAUGUAUGAGGCAAAUAUAAAAUCCAGUUGCCAUGUAAGCAAAUAAAACAUCUGUGGCGAGGUAGAAAUAUAAUUGAGUAAUUCAAAUAUCAUGAAAUAGUUUUAAUUUAUUUUUCAGAACCUCUUCCACUGUGAGUCUUCCUGAUAUUCCCAGGUAUCCUCAGCUAAAGUCUUACAUGCAAUCAUAUGAAGUAAGCAGGUUUUUGCACAAAUGUCAAAAGGAAAGAGACGACGCAUUUCGCAGAGAGGAAUCUGCUAGAGACAAAUUGAAGCAUAUUGAAGCCACCACAAGAUGCCAGAUCCAAGAUUUGAAGACAAAGGUGAAGCAGUUGACCAGUGAAUGUAAAGCUUUGCAGAGAACAGUGAAGAAACUGCGCACAGAUCUUGGUCUUGAGGGGAAUCCCAGAUUCAAAGGCAGGAUGACUAAAGAUAUUAUAAAAGAGCUUCAGGAACGGGAGGAUCAAUGUGCCUGUCUAAAAGAGGAUAAUAGCCUGCUUUCUGUGCAGCUCAGAGAAAUUGUCUCAAUUGUUGCUCAGACCCAGAAGCAAAAAGGAGAACUUACAAAACAGCUUGAGAACUCAGAACUCAAAGUACGGGACCUGCUGAAUGAAAACAACCAGAUAGUGCAGAACCUGCAGGAGAGUCAAAGGGAGAAAGAUGAUUUGGAGAAGAUAAAUCUUAUGCUAAGGAAAUCAAUAGAGGAGUCCAAGAAGGUUACAAACCGGUCAGUACAGACCACUACAUCCAUUCCAGUGAACUUACAGAAUACCUACAAGAAAACUUCCCGGGAGACUUCCAUCUCACGGACAUCCCAAGUUCCACUGGACAGGAGAAAGAUUACAUUGGAGCCUAGUAACAUAGUAUCAGUUGUUGAUAGUGGUGUGUAA